UUCUAGUGGGCUGUUUAUCACCAUUCAUGACAAGGGGCACCUUGCAACAAUGCUGAACUCUUGGCCAGAAGACAACAUUAAGGCUGUGGUGGUGACUGAUGGGGAACGCAUACUGGGCCUGGGAGACCUGGGCUGCUACGGCAUGGGCAUCCCCGUGGGCAAGCUGGCCCUGUACACGGCGUGCGGAGGGGUGAACCCGCAGCAGUGCCUCCCUGUGCUGCUGGACGUUGGCACCAACAACGAGGAGCUGCUCAGAGACCCUCUGUACAUCGGCCUGAAACACCAGCGUGUGCGCGGGAAGGAGUAUGACGACUUGCUGGACGAGUUCAUGCAGAGCGUCACAGACAAGUUUGGAAUAAAUUGCCUCAUCCAGUUUGAAGACUUUGCCAAUGCCAAUGCCUUCCGCCUGCUCAACAAAUACCGCAACAAGUACUGCAUGUUCAAUGAUGACAUCCAAGGCACAGCCUCUGUCGCAGUGGCAGGGAUCCUGGCUGCUCUGCGAAUCACCAAAAACAAGCUCUCUAAUCACGUGUUUGUUUUCCAAGGUGCAGGUGAGGCAGCCAUGGGCAUCGCCCACCUCCUUGUCAUGGCUCUGGAGAAAGAAGGUCUCCUGGCCAAGAAUAGCAGAGACCGGUCCUGGGUGCUGGAUGCCUUGGGGCCACGGGUAUUGGGGAGGAGCCACCUGAACCAUGAGAAGGAGAUGUUCGCCCAAGACCAUCCUGAAGUGAACUCCCUGGAGGAGGUGGUGAGGCUGGUGAAACCCACCACCAUCAUAGGUGUUGCCGCCAUCGCAGGAGCCUUCACGGAGCAGAUUCUGAGGGACAUGGCCUCCUUCCACGAGCGCCCUAUCAUCUUUGCCCUGAGCAACCCCACCAGCAAGGCCGAGUGUACGGCUGAGAAGUGCUACCAGGUCACCGAGGGCCGAGGGAUCUUUGCCAGUGGAAGUCCUUUUAAGAGCGUGACUCUGGAAGAUGGCAAGACCUUCAUUCCCGGGCAGGGAAACAAUGCCUAUGUGUUCCCUGGGGUGGCCCUGGGAGUCAUCGCUGGUGGGAUCCGGCACAUCCCAGACGAGAUCUUCCUCCUGACAGCAGAGCAAAUUGCCCAGGAGGUCUCUGAGCAGCAUCUGUCUCAGGGGAGACUUUACCCACCACUCAGCACCAUCCAAGAUGUGUCUCUAAGAAUCGCCAUCAAAGUCCUCGACUACGCGUACAAACACAACCUGGCCUCCUACUACCCGGAGCCCAAGGACAAGGAGGCUUUUAUAAGAUCCCAUGUCUAUACUCCAGACUAUGACUCCUUUUCGUUGGACAGCUACACUUGGCCCAAGGAAGCUAUGAAUGUUCAAACGGUCUGAUGCAGUUUCAGGGGCUGGUGUGGGGAUGGAUGAAGCCCAGAGUAACAUGCACAAUAUAAAUGGGUUCCAAAAUGGC